AUGGACCGGGACGAGUAUGCAUCGCCCAGGGCUGGGGUGAGCCCCGUGGAGGCGGCGGUGUGCACCGGGAAGAGGCUCCACCCGAGAACUACCGGACGUGGCGUGACCGGGGCGGGCGCGGCGGGGCGGGGCGGAGCGGAGAUCCGCCUCCCCGGGCAGCGGGGAGAGCGGACGGCCCGCUGCGGGCCUUGGUUGCUGCGGGCCUGGCCGCAGCGGGAAGAAAGGCCAAUGGAAGAGGCGGCGGCGGGCGAUGGGGCAGCGGCGGGGUCGGGGGCAGCGGCGGGCGGCAUCGCCCUGCACGACUUCAGCGGGCGGCUGGGCGAGCAGCGGGUGCAUUUCCACGCCAUGAGGCUGCAGGAUUCUCUCUUCCUCUGGGUGGGAGCCGCGCCCGCUCUCGCCAGCCUGGCCGUCGCCAUGUGCAGUCCCCGGGACAGCAUUCCGGUGGCCGCCUCGUUGCUGGGGGACCCGUCCGACACCGCCUCCGCUUGCCUCGCCCGACGCUUGGCCAGCAAGACCAAAAAACAGAUCUUUGUCAGCUACAAUCUUCAGAACACUGACAGCAGUUUCACCUUGCUCAUAGAAAACAGGAUCAAAGAAGAGAUGAUGGCUUUCCCAGAGAAGUUUUGACUUUGCACUGCUGUGAAACAACCUGAAGUUUUUGUUUUAGAAAAACUGGUUGCAAGUUUCACACUGAUGUCAAGUUGGUGUAUUUGGGUUGUAAUAUUUUGACUGAAUUUACAAUUAUUAAAUAGA